GGGGAAAAAAAUAAAGAAAAAAAAUAAUAGGAUUAAUGCCUUUGUUAAAUAGAAGGGAUUAACACUUGAGGAAUGGAUUAGUUUAACGGAGUGCACCGAGGACAGUAGAAUGAUUAAAUCAAUUAAUCCACGCCUUUAGCUCUGAUACUAAAUGCCGAUUGUGUUAAAGCCCCAAGGAUCCAAUGCUAUUUAAAUGUAUGACUAAGGUUAUAGUUUGGUAGAACUGUGUGAAAAAGUUUCUGCUCACUUGCACAGAGCCACAAACAGAGGAUCAGGAUUAGAACAUGGAAGCUGAGCUGAAGAAUGUUCUUUUCAGUGCUGGAGAUCGGUUGAAAGUCCAAGGGAGGAUUAAUUUGGAUGCUGACAGAUUUCAAGUUGACUUGGGCUCCACGUCCAGCGAACUAGCUCUUCACUUUAAUCCUCGUUUUCAUUACGGUGAUGACAAGACACCAGUUUUAGUGUGUAAUUCAAAGUGUGAUGACGUCUGGAUGCAGGAGCAAAGAGAAACGCACAACCCUUUCCAGCCAGGCUCUACUUUUAAGGUUGUUGUGAAGCACGCAGGAGAUCUUUUUGAGGUGUUGCUCCCGGAUGGGAAUACGAUUGAGUUCCCCAAUCGUCAUGGCCUGGAAGUCAUAACUUACAUACGUAUCAAGGGUGACAUUAGCCUCACUUCUUUUAAGAUGAAAUGAGAAAAAGUGUUAUACUGAGACAAGCAGGUCCUCUGCUGUUUGGAAUAUAAAAUGCAGCCAAUCAAAAAAAAAAAUAAAAAAUUUUUGUGCUUCUGGAGAAUUGUGAAAAUAACAAACCAACACAGAAAUGCAUGCAAUAUGUACCAUGGUGGAUUGUAUCAAUGGGAGGUCAAAAAUAAAUAAAAUCACUUUAAUGUUUU